ACAGGAGUGGACAGUGGUUGUGUGAGUGCAGCAUGUAUGCAUUAAUUCUGGGGGUUGUGUAAGUUGGUUGGGGAGAGGAUGCAUGUAUGCAUUAAGGGUUUGCUGUGUAAGUUGGUUAGGGUGAGUGAUGUGACCUAUUAGUUAGCAUAAUUGCAUUAGCCACCACCGGUCACCUGGCCGGCUGUGUCCAGAUACACAGCUCUGAGAUGCUCUGCUGCACAGGCGCCAUGUGCCCCUCUGAAGCGGUCACCGCAGCAACUACCCAUCUCCCAGAGACCUAGGGAACGUCCCAGCUGCCUUGGAAACGCCAGAACGGUACCUGCUGGACAUCCUGUGGGGCUGGGCUUCGGGCGGAGGCUGCUGCACACUGCCGGUAAACGCCUGAGCUGAGCCUACUGAAAUGGGUGGCACUGGCUUUAAUCCUGAUGGAUUUAAUCAUGUCCUCAAUCCUUAAUGGAAGCCUGUGUGAAUUCUCGCAGGGUGCUGACUCCGGUCUAAAUGGUAGUCGGGCUGGUUGUCUGGGUAAUGGCACAGGAGAGGCGUGCGGCCAUCACAGCACCCCCUACAGCUCCGUGGAAACGAUGCUCAUCAUUGGGGCGGCCAGCUCUGUGAGCUUCAUGACCAUCCUGGGCAACAUCCUGGUGAUGCUCUCCAUCUGCGUCAACCGCCACCUCCAGACCGUCAACAACUACUUCCUGUUCAGCCUGGCGUGUGCAGAUCUGGUCAUCGGUGCAUUCUCAAUGAAUAUCUACACGGCGUACAUGCUCAUGGGUCAGUGGCCCUUUGGGCCACUCAUGUGCAGCCUGUGGCUCGUGGUAGAUUACGUGGUCAGCAACUCCUCAAACAUGCACUUGCUGCUCAUCAGCGUGGACCGCUACCUCUGCGUGACGCGCCCCCUGACCUACCCAUCCAGACGGACCCUGCACUACGCAGGGCUGAUGGUUCUGACGGCGUGGGUUUUCUCGCUCGUGCUCUGGGCGCCGGCCAUCCUGAUAUGGCAGCGUUUCAAUGGGCAACGCCUUCACCAGAGGGACGAGUGUUACAUCCAGCUCCUGUCGAACCCCGCUGUUACUCUAGCAACCGCGGUUCCAUCGUUCUACCUGCCGGCCGCUCUCAUGGCGGUUCUGUACGCCCGCAUCUCCAGGGCCAGCCGACGCCACUCGGACCCACGGAGCUCUGCUCCAAACUUCUCCACCACCGAGACAACCUCCCGCUUCCUCCAGGUCUCGGCCAUCGAGAGUGGCGCACUGUCCCACACAUCCAGAGCCCAUCCUAUGGGAGGCCCUCAUGCAGGGGAGGACCUCACCCCACUGGACACAGAGUCCAGCCAGCACAGCAGCCAGCCCGCCCAGACGGGAGAGGCCGUCCGGCUCUCGGAGGUGGGGCACCAGGGGCUCCGGAGGGCUCUGAGGUUCUCCAAUCCGAAGCUGGGAGGGUGUGCCUCCGCCCCUGUGCCCGGCACCCCCACCUGCGGCCGCGUGAGCAAGAGGAGCAAGAGGAGCAAGAGGAGCAGGAGACGUGGUUCGCUGAGGGAGAGGAAGGUGACCAGGACCAUCCUGGCCGUGCUCCUGGCCUUCAUGGUGACGUGGACGCCGUACAACAUUAUGGUUCUCAUCGGGACCUUCUGCCACUUCUGUGUGUCAGACACAAUCUGGACAAUUAGCUACUGGCUGUGUUACAUCAACAGCACUAUCAACCCCGCUUGCUAUGCGCUCUGCAAUGAGACUUUCAAGAAGACCUUCCGGAAUCUUCUGCUGUGUCGGUAUAAGAACAUCAACUCCAAAUAGAAGACCACAGCUGUGUGUGAACUAAGUCUUGACCACAGCUUUGUGUGAGCUACGUCUUGAUAACCUAUAUAAGUGGUUCCCAUACUUUUAAUGGCAUGUCCCCCUUCGACAAUAAUUUGAAUACUGCAACCCCCUCAUAAUGUAUAUUUACAAUAGUUUUAGAAAGUACUUUAAGUAUAGUUUCUAUAUAUGAACAGCACAGAUUUUCAA